UGGUGUUGGAAUGUACCUAAGGUUGAAUUGGCCUUCGUAAAGUAAAUUUAAUCGUGAUAUGGCCCUGCUAUACGAUACGUAUUUCUAUGGCACUGUGUGCCACGUUUGUAAAUGUAAAGAUGAUUGUAAAGGAGAGAAAUUAAAAAGAUGUGGGGGUUGCAGAAUGGUUUUGUAUUGUGGUCCACAGCAUCAAAAAGUACACUGGCCCUUGCACAAAAGAUUGUGCAAAUGUAUACAGGCAGUAGUUAACAGCCGAGGUUUAGAGAAUCUGUACCAGGAAGCAUGUAAAAAUCCUUCAACUGAAGACUGGUGCAAAUUGCGGUCAAACUUAAUGUUGUUGACACAACUUAGUCUGGGCCGUAGACUGUCAGAAGGAGAACAGCAAAUGUUUAUGUUUCCUCGAAUUUGCAAAGUAUGUUACAAAGCUGAGCAAGUAGAGCUGCAAGACUGCAAUGAUUGCCUUUGUGUUUCCUACUGUUCUGUAGCACAUAAACAGCAGGACUCCUUAAGACAUAGUAUAUCAUGUAGGUGGUUAAAAUUGUGCUUGUGUAUAGACAGACACUUUCUCCAAGUGAAAGACCCAUAUCCAUUUUUAAAUGUUCCAGUGCGAGAGAAAUAUGAGCCCCUUCCAUGUGACAUCGACUCAUUUAUAUCUAUUACUGUGACAUGUGCUAAGGAUACCACAGAGUGGAAUCGAAGUAUUGAAGUUGCCCUAUUUUCAGAGCUUCUGACUUGCCCAUUAACCUUGCUUUAUGCACUAGAAAAACUCAGAACUUCAUUCAAGAAAAAAUUUAUGGCACAUGUGGUGGGAGCUGGUGCAUUUGAGUGCACAUUCCUUCACAAAUGGGAAAUAAUUUUGCAUUGCUUGCCGCAGUUGUCAUUUCUUGACAUCGUAUUCAUAGGACCUGAAAUCGAACAAGGAUUGGAAACAAUUUGUGUAUUGUGUGUGGAUUGCCAGCGAAAAGGACGACAAUUAAGAACUCAUUUUCAGACUGGCAAACUUUAUCAUCAGUAUGCCUCUUCUGAGACAUUCUUGUUUCCAGAUAUUAUUGUUGCUUAUAACUGUGGCCUGCAUGAAUAUGAAGGAACUAAUAGUGAUACAUGGUUACAAUCUUUACCAUUUUUGGUGAAAUUUGAUCAUGUACCAUUAAUAUUAACUUCAUACACUAGUGAUGAAGCUAAUAAGGAUGUUGCAAGAAUUUUGGGUUGUAAAAAAGAUACUCUGACAGUCUAUUUAAAAUGUUCAAAGAAUCCAUUUGCUAGCAGACGUCCAUACAGGGAUUGGAGGAGUGAGAGUAGUGAUGUUUUCUUUCAGAAUAAUUUUAUCACUCUUGUAACACCAUAUUAAUCCUUCACAUUUGCUGGCCUGUUUCCCACUCACCAUGAGGGUGGUACUUGCCCUAUGGCCCCUGCGAUUCAUUCCUUUCAGCCCACGGGCCUCCACACGACGGGCCGGGUAAAUUUAGCGUUAGUGAAUUGUGUGAAAACCACUCAUUUAUUUUUAGAAGAAUCGCUUUCAAGGUAGUUACAAGUUCUGUGGAAUUAGAAUUAGAACACAGUAUACUAGUAUCAUCUGCAUACAAUCCUCUGUGUGCUUGAACUGAUUCCUGCUGUAUCUGUUGGUUGCCAAAUGAUGUAUAUAACAUAUGAAAUAAAUAAUAAUUUGAUAUUAA